AUGGCGACCGAGAAGCCCUCGGUGCUGAUUAUCGGUGGGCUGGGAUACAUCGGACGGUUCUUGGCCCUCCACAUACAAAGCCAUGGCCUCGCCUCCGAAGUAAGGCUGGUGGACAAGGUGCUGCCGCAACUCGCAUGGCUGGCUCCUGAGUUUGACGAGGCAUGCUCGGCAGACAGAUUUAUUCAGGCCGAUGCCACGAGAGAACAAGCGUUAGCGCGGAUAUUCGACCGAACCGACGGCAAGGCAUGGAAUUAUGUCUUCAACUGUGGUGGCGAAACGAGGUACUCGCAGGAAGACGAGGUGUACCGGCUGCGGUCCAAGGAGCUGUCGUUGGCCGUGGGCAGGGAGUCUGCCAAGCGCAAGGUCAAGUGCUUUGUCGAGCUGAGUACAGGCAUGGUGUAUAAGCCGGAUUCAAACGCCAGCAAAGAGGGUGACAAGUUGAAGCCGUGGAGUAAGAUCGCGGUGUUCAAGCUUGAGGCAGAACAGGAGCUGGCCAAGAUUGAGGGUUCGUGCCCUGCCAGACUCAACCUCGUCAUUGUACGGCUGCCCCAUGUAUACGGCCCAUACGCAUCACAAUGGGUCGCAACUGCGCUGUGCAUGGCACGCGUCUACCAGCAUCUUGAACAGGAGAUGAAGUGGCUGUGGACCGAGAACCUACGGACCAACACGGCACAUAUUGACGACGUGACACGAGCGCUAUGGGACGUCGCUAAGUGGUACAACGCGGGAAAGGCCAACUGGGAUGACAGGGAGAUGGGCAAGACGCCGACCUUCAACGUAGUCGACAAGGGCAAAACGACACAAGGUGUCAUGGCCAACCUGAUCGGCGAGAUUUUCAAGAUCGAGACGGGCUUCCAGGGCCAAAUAGUCAGCACCUUUGCGCGUUUGAACAUGGACAGCGUCGUCGACGACGUCAACGACGAGGUGCUGGGACCCUGGGCCGACCUGCUGGCCGACGCAGGAAUCACGAGACCGGGCCCGUUGACGCCGUUCAUGGAAAAGGAGCUACUUAAAGAUACGGAUUUGAGCAUGGACGGAACUCGCCUAGAAACGGUCGUCGGGUUUGAGUAUCAAAAGCCGAAGAUCACCAAGGAACUACUCGAAGAGGUGAUCGAAAGCUACAAGAGGAUGAAGUGGUGGCCGUAA